GCUGCGCGCCUAUUCUUAGCGCUGGAAUGUGCACAAUGCCGCGCAGCGCCCGGCAGCGGGCACACGGACUGCGGCAUAAACACGGCCAGAAAUCGCCCUCUCUGACUCACCUACCUACUGAAAGAAACCUCCCGUGGGUUUAUAGGGUUUUGUCCAGGCUCUAGCUGUGGAAAAACUCAGCAGAGAAUAAACGACAGAGAGUAAGUGCAUGCAGUGAAGGACGACAGAAGGUAAACGUUUCUACCCUUCGGUUCCACUGCAGGUUGAGCAGUUAAGCCAUGACCGUAGAUAUUCAUCAUAUUGUUCUGCCUGGCACUUAAUGUAGUCAUUGUGUGUCUGAUUAACAUAAAAAACCCACAGCUAAGCAGAGUUAAUAAAUAACUUUUAAUGCAGAUUCCCAGCCUCUAGGGUUCCGUUCGUCCUGCUGCAGAGUUCAGCUCUGCCAGAUUUGCAUUCUUUGGGAGUGACUAACUCUAGAGGAAAGAGGCACAAGCUACUAAACUGCUAAUACUUUAAAAUAGUGAAUAAAUGUCUAAGUGCAUUUAUUCAACAUGAUGGAAAUGGACAAAACAAUUGCUUCAGCCCUCCAGCUUUAAUCCAAAAUCAGUGAGAUAACUUCAGUGUUUUUGCUUCUUGCCAACGACACAGGCAGUGCUGACCUCAGACUUGCGACCUAUCUGAUAACUUUAUGAAAGUUUUAAAGGGUCUUAGGGACCUUUUGGCUUCUUUAUUAUUUUCCCACUGUGCUUAAACCAUGUUCCAUUUUUAUGUGUAAUAGUGAAUGCAUAUUUACAGCAACAUCAAAGUCCUUAUUUGUUCCCUUGGAGCUGGAUUUUUCAAUAAAAGCUGCUAAGAAUUUGGGGUUUUCUUCUGCCAAGUCCAGAAUUCAUCUCUCUCAUAUUUUGCUAUGGAAGAGGGAUCCACUGAAGAGUUUCUCUUCAAAGACCAGGACUUCUCCUCUGAACUGCUGAGGCAGCUGAAUGCUCUGCGGCAGAGCAGGAUGCUGACCGAUGUUACCCUCUGCUCUGGGGGCUUUGAAAUCCCCUGCCAUCGAAAUGUGCUGGCUUCCAGCAGUCCAUACUUCAAGGCAAUGUUCUGUAACAACUUCAGGGAGAGUCACCAGCCUAAAGUCAUUUUAAAGGGCAUCGAUGCUGAUAUUUUGGAUCAGAUUAUCCUUUAUGUCUACACUGGGGAGAUUCUAAUAUCCACUGAGAAUGUCUUGUGCCUCUUGGAGACUGCAUCCAUGCUGCAGUACACUAAGCUCUUUGAGGCCUGCUCUACCUACCUGCAAGACAAGCUGACCCCUGACAACUGUCUGAGCAUGAUCAGACUGGCAAAAGUCUUGAACUGCCAAAGCCUGAAUAAGAAAGCCAAGGCUAUGGCUUUGAAAUGUUUUCCUGUGGUGGCCUCUUCCGAGGACCUGAAAGAGCUCUGUCUCAUGGAGCUCAUUGACUACCUUGGGGAUGAUGAACUCUGUGGGGAAGAGGAGCAGGUCUUUGAGGCACUGACGGUCUGGAUCCGGCACGACCUCCAGGCACGACAAGGCUACAUCCAAGAGUUGUUCAAGAAGGUCCGACUUCAGUACGUCCAUCCAACUUUCCUCUUCCAUUUCAUUGCUAAUGACUCACUCGUUCAGUCCUCACCCACUUGCAGGAGCAUCCUGGAGUCGGCCCGGAGACAGAUGUUUUCUUUGUACAGCACCAACACGCCUGACAUCAAACCCAUGACACAUGUUCCUCGCAGGUACUCCAACCAAGAGUUCCUCAUCAUCAUUGGUGGCAGGAAGGACAGCCAGCAGACAACAAGGGAUGUUCUGCUAUAUGAUGACAAGACAAACCAAUGGCUGAGCCUGGCCAAACUUCCCAUGCGCCUCUACAAAUCCUCUGCAGUGAGUUUACACAGCAAUAUUUUUGUGCUCGGAGGGAUGCCUGUUAGCAAUAAGAAAAGUCUGGUCAGUGGUAAUAUUUACAUUUACUCCCUCAAACUCAAUCAGUGGAGGUUGGUUGAGCACAUGCUAGUUCCACGUUACUCCCACAGAAGCCUGGCAUAUAAAAAUUAUAUUUUAUCAUUCGGUGGAAUUGGUGGAAACCAGGAAAUCCUGAGUUCUGUGGAAAGAUAUGAUAGUGUCUACAACACCUGUGAGAGCAUGGCAAACAUGCCUGUUGCUGUCCUUCACCCUGCUGUUGCUGCCAAAGAUCAGAGGGUUUACCUCUUUGGGGGAGAAGAUAUAAUGCAAAACCCUGUUCGGCUUAUCCAGGUUUACCAUGUCUCCAGGAAUACGUGGUUUCGCAUGGAGACCAGAGUAGUAAAGAAUGUCUGUGCACCAGCUGUUGUGAUUGGAGACCAGAUUAUCAUCGUAGGUGGGUACACCCGGAGAAUAAUUGCUUAUGAUACAAAAGGCAACAAGUUUGUUAAAUGUGCAGACAUGAAGGACAGACGAAUGCAUCAUGGAGCCACUGUCAUCAAGAACAAGCUGUAUGUUACAGGAGGACGGUGUCUCACCUCAGACAAUGUCAUCAAGGACCUGGAUUCCUUGGACUGCUAUGAUCCAAAGACUGACACAUGGACACCAAAGGGAAAACUGCCACACAAACUCUUUGACCAUGGGUGCCUGACACUCCAGUGUGUCCCCUGUUCUAAUCUUCUCUAAAUGACUUUUGGUAUUACCUUGAUAUUUUGUGCUUUUCUUCCCAAAAAGGACCCACCUCACUCUGCAGAGAGCAUAUGGGGAAUCUUCAUGGGAUCACACAAAGUCUUGACCUUGAAAGUACUAGCAGUGUUAGUCCUUCCAGACCGUGUGCCAGAAAGGCCAUGGUGGGCUCUGCUCACACUGUAUUCACCUGGCUGACAUUGGUGCUGCUGAAUCCAGUCUGGAGGCCUUACCCAGCAUCUCAAGAGGAAACAGGAAAAAGAUACUGGCUAAGAACCCGGUGUGGGAUUUGUCCUUGUACGGACUUUAAGAGAAGGGGGAUGCUGCUAUCUUCAGGGAAAGUAAGAUCUUUGCUGUCAUGCAAACUCAGCUGCCUGCCACAGCCCUGUGCUGCCCAUUGCUGACUGAGCUUUCCAUUUCCAGUGGUGGGAGUGUUUAGAAUAGGAAGCCUCAAGCUCCAGUCUUGUAGCCAGCCCAGGAGCAGCUACCUGAGUUAGCUGUGGUAGUCAGCUCAUAAGAAAUAAAAUUUUAAUGUUCCUAUCAGCUAAUUAGAAAUUAGCAAAAGACUGGUGCUUUGAUCUGAACUCUCAUAUUGCAACAAGAAGCAGAUGUGACUUUUCAGAGCUAACAUUCUUCCACAGUGCAGGGAAGAUUUUUGUUCCAUCUGCCUGGCCUGUGAGGAAUCAGAAGAAGAUGGGAUGGAAAUUAAGAUUGUCUGCACCUUCUUUUUCAAGGGAUCUUAUUUUGCAGGGAUCUUCCUUCUCCUUUGGCAUGAGGAAUAGCAGUGGAGUUAGUUAGGAUGACUUUGGCUGAUGGAGUUCCUGAAAUGUAGAAUAGCAGAGAGGACACAUGAAGGAAAGGGGAUGUAAAAGAGAAGAGGUAUUUGGGAGGAACAAUUUCCUUUUCCUUUUCUCCUCUCUCCAAACCACUGGAAAAAAGCCCAUGAGACAAAGCCAGUGACAGGAAGCCAGCUUUCCAAGAAGAGCAAGUCUAAAUCUGCCACUUGGCAAAACAGCUCUGCUCCGUCAAUAUUUUCGUGGGGUUCUGCCACUAAGUGCAUACUUUUAAAGGGAGGGGAUUAAUCAUCAGGCUGUGAACUGCUGUUAGGUCACUGGGCUUGGUAAGAUUGCUGAGAUAGCAAGGAGCUUUACAGAUGACCACCAUCCAGAGAAAGGCUGGCAGAAACAACACCGUUUUUCUACAUAUUUCAAAGAAAGUGGAACUUUUCAAAUGGUACAGAAUAGCAUGAGGAAACCAUGCUCAACCUUCCUCUUCACAAAAGGCUGCACAGAAACCAGCUCCAGACAUUAAGAUCCCCUCCCAUAAACUGAGCAAAGAGUGACAGAAAUAGUUAACAAAGUAGAGGGCUGGAAGGAAGUAUUUAGUAUCAACUGCUGCUUUAAUAAUGGAAAAUAAAAGGGCUAUUAUUGUUUGCAUGA